UUCCGUUUCCGGCACGGUGAUUUUGAAAAAACAAAAGAUUGAAAGUUGCAUUUUUAUCUGUUCCAAGUGCAAUGGAUAACGUUAAUGAUGAAACAUCCGAUGGUGAGAUGGCAGUGGAUAAUGACAGAAUGGAAGAAGGUGAACUGAGUGAGGAUGAACAAAUGCAGAGUGAUGCAAGAUCUGAACAUUCAAAUGCUGCAUCUGAACAUUCAAAUGCAGCUAUGUCUGAGCAUUCAAAUGCUGGAAGUGAGGAAGGACAAGUCUAUGACAGUGAUAAUGAUGAAAAGAAUAAUGAUGAUUAUCAAAGUGAUGGUGAAAGAGCUAAUGAAAGUGGUGAAGGACAACAAAGUGAGAAUGAAGAACAAGAGGGACAAAGUGAAAAUGAGGGAGAAGGUCCUCAAUCCCCACAAAGUUAUCAAGAAGGUCCUCAAUCCCCCCGAAUGACCAAGAAGGUCCCCAAUCCCCACAAAGUGACCAGGAAGGUCCUCAAUCCCCACAAAGUGACCAAGAAGGUCCCCAAUCCCCACAAAG